AUGGGGCGCCGACCAGCGAGAUGCUAUCGAUACUGUAAAAACAAGCCGUAUCCAAAAUCACGAUUCUGUCGUGGUGUGCCAGACCCUAAGAUCCGUAUCUUCGACCUGGGCAAAAAGAAGGCUGCUGUAGAUGACUUCCCGCUAUGUGUGCAUUUGGUGUCUGAUGAAUACGAGCAGCUUAGCUCCGAAGCGCUGGAAGCGGGUCGUAUUUGUUGCAACAAGUACCUUGUAAAGAAUUGUGGUAAAGAUCAGUUCCACAUCCGCAUGAGACUGCAUCCAUUCCACGUUAUCCGCAUCAAUAAAAUGUUAUCGUGCGCUGGAGCUGAUAGGCUCCAGACUGGGAUGCGUGGUGCCUUUGGAAAGCCUCAAGGUACCGUAGCGCGUGUUCGCAUUGGUCAGCCAAUCAUGUCUGUGCGCUCAAGUGACCGUUGGAAGGCACAAGUCAUUGAGGCUCUCCGUCGUGCCAAGUUCAAGUUCCCUGGUCGCCAAAAGAUCUACGUUUCCAAAAAAUGGGGAUUCACCAAGUACGAGCGUGAGGAGUUCGAGAAGCUGCGCGACGAUAACCGCUUGGCCAAUGACGGUUGCAACGUCAAGUACCGUCCUGAGCAUGGACCACUUGACUCCUGGAGGAAAGUGCAAACUGAGCUCUAUUCAGUU